AUGGAACGCAUCUUUGAUGCCAAGAGGUGCCCGGAUGAGAGCAGGCUUGCUUUCACUGUUUACAUGCUCACUGGGGAGGCUGAGCAUUGGUGGGCCAGCAUGAAGCUGGUGAUGGAGGAGAAACAUGAGGACAUCACGUGGAGAGCCUUCAAGAAGAGGUUCUUGUCUGAGUAUUUCCCUGACAGCGUGAGGUACGCUAAGGAGGUAGAGUUCCUCCAGCUGACACAGGGGAACAAGUCAGUGGCCGAGUACGCCGAGCAGUUCAAGCAUCUGGGGCGUUUCUACACCAUGCCGCUCGAUGAGGAGUGGCGCUGCAGGAAGUUUGAGAAUGGUCUCAGAGGAGACAUCCGCUUGAUGGUAGCUCCGCUGUCCAUCAAGGACUUUGCGGCCUUGGUGGAAAAGGCCAGGGUCAUGGAGCGAAUGAAAGUAGAGGUGGAAGCUCAGCAGCAGCCACAAUAG